GGUUGUGUUCUGCUCCUAGUUCCUGCUUUCAUUCGCUCAGCAUUCUGCUUAACACUUUAAUCUGUUCACCAUCUAUGCUUCUUGGAACUAAACCUGCAUUCCCCUGGCAGAGUCGCCUCGAGAAACAGAAGACCUGAGGCCAGUAUGGACAUCUUCAGUUCCUUUCUGCUGCUGGCAGCAAUCAGUACGGCAACAUCCCAGCUGCCUAACGACUCCGCCAACGAAACAACGGGCCUGGCGGUCCCAGACAGCCAGCUGACGACACAACAGCCAUCAACUUCCCACCAGAUGUCAAAGAUCCAGGAUUUCGACUCUACAUCUGCCACAAGAGCUGAUGGGAUAACAGUGAAGGAGGAAAGAAGCUCUGCUGCGCCAUUACAGCCAACUCAAAACACGCCUCCUGCAACUCUCCCAAUAGAAAUACGGACAGAAGCAACUCUCACAGGUCUACCGGAUGCAACAACCGCUCAGUCUAGACUCUGGAAAUCUGUAACUAUGGUACCAACAAGUGAAGUCAGUAAGCAGGUCAAUGGUUCAACAGAAACACCUGUGGCUCUAACUAGUCAACUGAGUAACUGGGUCAAUGGUUCAACAGAACCAACAGUGGGUCCGACUAAUGAAAUGAGUGACCGGGUCAAUGGUUCAACAGAACCUGCGACGCUGAGCAUUAUCACACAAAGUCUUGUCACAGUUAGGACUUCAACUUCUCAUACUAAACUGAAGGAAACAACCUCCUCAUUUACAUCCACAUCAGAGUUCACAACCAUCAAUGCAGAAACCACGACGUUCAAGCCUGAAUCAACAAAAUCGACAGGAACCAAGCCAAGUCCAGGUGGGGAUGGAGUACAAUCCUCAACCUCUGAGAAACCCACAGUUUACCCCAUCAACAAGGCCAAGAAAGAUGAUACACCCCACGGAAAGAUUGUCGCGGCAGUAAUAGGUGCAGCGUUGUUGCUGAUGAUCUUAGGGUUUCUGGUCAUCUUCAUCUACAAACAGAGACAUCAGAAGAAGCAGCAGCCUUCAGCCUGGGCAGGCCCUUCCCCAUUUCUAGAGGGGGACGCUAACAAUGGCAAUGUUGAGUUGAGGUCGUCCAACCGAAUUUCCUUAACCAGUUUCCUGCCUCAGAGACUUUCUAAGAGACUCUCUUUGCUUCAAGACCCAACUGAGAUGAAGGAAAUCCCCCUGAGAGACACUUUUGAAGAGAAACACCAAGGAAGCACCUUUGGUCAAACUGUGGAUGGAAAUGCAGCACAAGAAAAGUCGUACAAAUCAGCUGCAGAAAUAAAGAGCGGAGGUGAAGCUGAGGAGAGAGUUGUAAUGACCGUCAUACAGACUUCGGUUUAGUAAACCAAUGGUUAUCCUCAGAAGGUCAUCUUAGCUUUUGGUGUCCUGGGACGCUCUGAGGCAAAAGCAAACGAUGGCCCCGAGGAGUCACAAGCAUACUUGUAAAUCUGUUGUCAGAUCUCAAGUUUGGAUGCAGCCAACUGUGCUUAAGACCUUUAGUUCAAUCAAUGUACUCCUAUCCAAACUAAAACCUCCUUCUCUUUAUUAGAGAGGAGUGUAAUGGAGAUUUUGUCCUGCUUUUGCUCAGAUUGAAAGAAGUGUCUUUAAAUUAAUCUGGCAUAAAACUGAAAAAGCAGAAGGAAGUGGUGUAAGAGAAACAACGGGCAGGACAGAUGUUUCACAAAGAUAUGCUGGAGUGACUUGCUGGUUUUCUCUCUAGAGCAAUGAUAAAAGAAAGGUUUGGAACCCCGGAGAGGAGCAACAUGCGACAGAUGGAUGUCACUUUGAGGGACCUAUGGAAGCCUGGAUAAAUGUAGAGCUGCUGAAACUGGCAGGCGUCCUCUUCCUGGAUGUUUACCCGGGGGGAAGAGUUUUCACAAAAACAGUACCACACAAAUGUGUUUGCAACGGCAUAAAAUAUCUCUGGAAAUCCAGGCAUCUUUUUCUACAUAUGUUCUGUGAUUUGAAUAUUAUACCCUUUUGUUUUACUGAAGACUCUUAGAAAACCUGUAUUUAAAUACUGAUUAAAAACCAGCUUAGCCAGCUGUGUUGUGAAAGUAUUGUUUAUGUGUAGAUAUUCACAUUCUCUGGGCUUCAUGAAAGGAAGAUGAGUGAAAUUUGUAAAACGGCAAAGUUAAAGGUAACUAGAGACUAAAUGUAUGCAUUGAACAAGACGGAAAGUUUCCGGAAAACAGUCACAGACCAAAAAAAGGGAAGCUAUUUUAGCCUGCUGUCUCAUUUCUCUACAGUACUUCACACAGGAAGAGCUUUUCUGAAAGCAUUUUAACGUGUCUGAGCCCAGCUAAUA